AUGCAAGGCACCUCUAAAACCCCCCAUGGAUGGCAAAUGGAACUAAUGGACUGUGUUGCAUCAUACAUGAAAGCCAGAUUUCAAGAGGAGGCCUAUCAUUGCCCAAUCAACAUUGGGAAAAAUUGGGGUGGAAAAACCUGCAAUGCAGAAGCUGCUGAGAGAUACACAGAAGUGACUGAGCCAUCCAUUCUGGUGACCAACUCAAAUACCAUCCAUGUAUGGUAUUUUCCAGAUGCUCUCAGCCCAAAAAGAAGGGCUGACAUAUGGAACUGCCUUCAUCUUCUGAAGGAACCACUGCAGGAGAGCAUAAAGGCUUCCCCACAGGCAUGGUGGACUGACAAGUCAUAUUUCUGCAAUAAUGCUGAGUUGAAAGGUGCCAUCAACCUGUUGCCUGCAUGGUUUCAACAGGGUCAUGGGGUGGAUGGCAGGGAAGCAUUGAUCUGCCUUGGCAAACAGGCAGAACAGUGGGUGGAUUCAGAUAUGAGCUUUAUACUGCCAAUAUGGAGCUCCACACAUAGCAGCAUGUCCAUGAUGGUGAAUUGGGCAACUUGUUAUCACAGGGAUAUCAAUGGAUGGGAUCCAUGGUAUGACAUGCUGGUAACUGUGGGCAACUACCUGCCCUUGGACCUUGUCAUUCUAAUGUUGAAUCUGCAGCUGUGCUACAACCCAGGGAUGAUCAUUGCAUUUUCAGGUUCAGCAUUGGAGCAUGGGGUGGGAGCUGUAGACAGUGACAGAGCAUGCCUGGCAUACUACAUGCAUGCCAAUGUACAUCAGUCAGUGCACAUUCCCAUGUGUCAAUCACUGCAGAUGGAUGACCUACUACCUAGACCAGUUGCAACUGGAGAACUGUUGGUUUGA